AUAUGCGUGUCUUCUUCAAACGAGUCGAAAUGCGCAACUACAGUGUGAUGCGCCCCCGCGAGGCGUGAUGGCGGGCAGGGUGGGUCCAGAGCUCACCAUCUACUCGGCGCGCUACGCCACGCCCCCCACCAAGCCCCGGCCGGCCCACCCGAUUCCCACGCAGCAUGUGCAUGACCACCUCGGCCACGUCAGGAACCCCAGCGGGUCCUUCGGCGCUCCGUCGGGAGGGUCGCUCAUGGGCAUGUCGGGCGGACCGUUCUCGGGCCCGCUGUCGCUGCCGCAGGGCUCUGGCUACCUGCGGGCGGGUCCGCGGCGGCACCAUCACCACCACCAUACAUUCCCGCCCUACCCGCCCUUGCCGCCGCCCCCGCCGCGCCGCCUGCACCACCACCCCCACGGGCACCAGUCGUUGCCAUAUAUGAGCUUUCGGGAGCCGCCACCUCCGCCGCCGCCCACGGGGCGCUGGGACGAGGACCCGUGCUUCCUGCGGCCGCACUCGCCGGAGACGCCGUGCCCGCACAGCCACCGCGCGGAGCACACCCCGCAGGAGGACGGCACCUGCUUCGUGGUCAUGGGCUCGCAGAAGCCCCUGGAGAUCAUGGAGCCUUUCUCGGCCAAGAACCCGCUGCACGUGCCGCACCUGCAGCAGGAGGAGGAGGGCGUGUACUCCUACGCCGGCGAAGGGAUCCUGAGCCCCGCCGACGUGAUCCGCGCCCAGGCGGCCAUGGAGGACUCCGACAGCUACGGCGGGUCCCUGGCGUCCGAAAACAUCUACGAGGAGAUUCCCGAGAACUGGAGCGGCGCCUGGUCGCGGCGCUCGCUGGUGGAGGAGGUGCUGGACGAGUACGAGCGCGUGCGCGCGGGGCACCGGCGCGUGCUCUCCGCCCUCAACCUGGACGUGGAGACGCUCAUCCGACCCGAGGGGCACGACGGCACGGCCUCCCCCGACUCGGGCCUCACCGUGUCAGCGUCCGACUCGUCGUGCGAGCCGCACGCCGGCUGUGAUCCCUCGCGCCCACGGACGCCCACCAACCACGACGACCCCGCCAACGCGUGGCGGUCGCAGAGGAGAUCGUCGCCCAAACAGAACGCCGAGAGGCAGCUGCCCAAAGGGCGGGGACGGCUGGUGAAGUGCGAGUCCCUCGACCUGAAGGAGGCCAUGACGCGCCGCCCGUCGGGAGGUCGCGGGCGCGGCUUCAAGGAGAAACUCGGCGGAGUCAAGGAGAAGAUGGAGAAGAAGGGAUGGCGCUUCCCUAACUUCUCAAGGAAAGGAUUCUUGACUAGUCCAGUGGUCCUGUUUCCUGUCCAGCCUCUGCCAACUGCUGUAAUUCACGUGAAAGCUGGAGCGUAA